AUGUGGAUAACAGAUAUAGACAUAGCAAAACAGGUUUUACUAGCUUCAGAAAAUAAGGGUUCAUUUAUUGAAGAAAAAAUUGCUUGUCCAGCGUGGUCACCUGUUCUUUCUCUCGAAUCUGUCAAUGGCGAUACAUGGAGAGAUCUCAAGUCGAAAUUUCUUAUUUUUCAAAAGUAUCUUCCCCCUACGAAACAGCUCACAAGUGUAUUAAGACGUAUUUUAUCUUCACAAGAUGGAAAUAUUGAGAUUGAUGCAAAACAAGUUGUUCGAAUCACGUUAGCGUGCUUUGUCAAAUGGAUUUUUAAUCGAGACUGGGAUCCUAACUGGGAUUUUGUCUGCGAAGCAUCAUGGGAGUGGCGUAAAGAAAUUGCAGCAAAAGGAAAAGCAGAUCCACUGUUAAAAUGUAGAACAGUUGACUGGCUAAUCGACUUGAUAAAUCAAUCAAAUUACUAUGAAAUAUUCGGUGAACAAUGGUCAACCCCAGAAUGUUAUUCGGUCAUCAUGCAGCCAUUUCUUUUAUCUCCUAUGAUAAAUUUUAGUGAUAUUGCUGUAUCUGCUAGUCGACGACCAGAUCUGUCCAUUCAAGAGUUAAUUCAUUACUAUCAUCCGUUUCCAAUAAUUGAACGUUAUAUUGAGAAAGACAUUGUAAUAUGUAAUGAUGGUGUUAGUAGUGUGCUCGUCAAUGCCAACACUCAAGUAUUUAUUCCGUUGGACACGAUUGGACAAAGAGAAGAAUAUAACCACAAGCUAUGGACUCCAUUUGGAAUCGGACCUAGAAAAUGUCUAGGUUCUCAAUAUGCACUUGCAUUUCUAACUGAAUUUAUUACACAUUACAAAAAUAACCCUAAAUUUGUACCUGAGAAGAAUCACAAAUAUAGCGGAAGAAACAAUGAUAAUCUGUCACUAUCCGAAUCAAUGUAUCAAUUGACUCUGUUUGCUAAAUUGUUGAUUCUUGACUGA